GCCUGCCUCAAUCAAAACAAUGAGCUCAGAUACAUUGGAAACUUAGUAGUGCGGAGACCUCGGCUGAUUCAAAUUGACAAACCAGCCUCCAUCCUGGGACUGCUCUCGUUUUGAUUUAACCCAGCACUCCAUGGAGAGGAAGACCCUUGAGCCUUCAAUGCAGUCUCACUAGUUCCGGAAAGCGACUGAAUUUACUGCUGCAGACAUGAAGUAUAAGAAUCUCAUGGCAAGAGCCUUGUAUGACAAUGUUCCUGAGUGUGCAGAAGAGUUGGCAUUCCGCAAAGGAGAUAUCUUGACUGUGAUUGAGCAGAAUACUGGUGGACUGGAAGGAUGGUGGCUCUGCUCAUUACAUGGACGGCAAGGCAUCGUCCCAGGCAACCGCGUGAAGCUUCUGAUUGGCCCACUGCAGGAGAGUUCCUCCAGUCAGGACCAGCCCUCUUCUGGACUAAUGCACCAGAAUUUUGGCCCUCAGAAAGUCUAUCAAGUACCACACUCACAAGCUUCGUCUCGGGACGCUGUCUACCAAGUACCACCAUCCUAUCAGAAUCAGGGAAUCUACCAAGUACCUACAGGUCAUGGUGCUAUCGAGCAAGAUGUAUACCAGGUGCCACCAUCAGUCCAGAGAAGCAUUGGUGGGACCAAUGGCUCCCAUUUAAGUAAAAAGGUGAUAACUCCAGUGAGAACAGGCCAUGGCUAUGUCUAUGAGAUCCCAUCCAAGUACCAGAAGGAUACCUAUGAUAUCCCUCCAUCUCAUCCUAUCCAAGGGGUAUAUGACAUCCCCCCAACAUCACUGAAAGGCCCAGCUUUCUCAGCUCCAAUGGGAGAAAUGAAACCGUCAGGAGUAUAUGAUAUCCCCCCUGUGAAAGGGGUUUAUGCCAUUCCGCCUGCUUCCCGAGAUGAAGUGGGACUUCGAGAAAAGGAGUAUGAUUUCCCCCCUCCCAUGAGGCAACACCUACGGCCAGAAGUCAGACCCGAAGGGGUUUACGACAUUCCCCCCACAAGUACCAAGGCGGUGGGGAAGGACUUUCACCUGAAACACGCCUGCGAUGCUUCGGGAGCUGCUGAGCAGGCAUCCCAGAAGCCCCAAAGCGUUCUGCAAAACCACCAGCACGCGCACCUCAGACAACCCACCGCCUCUCCGAACGAUGCCUAUGACAUCCCCAGAGGAGUUCAGUUCCUGGAGCCGCCAGCGGCGACCCACGAAAGACUGAACGCCGAAGAAAAAGAUGGCGUCUACGACGUCCCGCCACAGAGCGUGCAGGAGGCCAAAGGGUGCCUGGAUGUGACGGACGGCAUGAACCGGCUCUCGUUCUCCAGCACGGGGAGCACCAGGAGCAACAUGUCCACCUCUUCCACGACGUCCAAGGAGUCCUCCUUGUCAGCCUCCCCGUCUCAGGACAAAAGGUUGUUACUGCUGGACCCGGACACAGCCAUCGAGAGGCUUUACCGGCUCCAGCAGGCCUUAGAGACGGUGGUGUCCAACCUCAUGGCUCUGGUCACCACAGACUGGCGGUGCUACGGCUACAUGGAGAGGAACAUCAAUGAGAUCCACGCCGCGGUGGACAAGGUGGAGCCCUCUUUGAGGGAUUACCUCCAUUUUGCCAAGGGAGCCGUGGCCAACGCUUCGGGCCUCCCCGAGCCCACCCUUCACAACAAAAUGAAGCGAGAGCUCCAACGGGUGGAAGACUCCCACCAAAUUCUGACCCAGACCAGCCAGGACUUGAACGGCUGCCACUGGUCCUUGAACAUCCUCGCUGUCAACAAGCCUCAGAGCAAGUGCGACGAUCUUGAUCGGUUUGUGAUGGUGGCAAAGACGGUGCCCGAUGACACCAAGCAGCUCACCACCACCAUUGGCGCCAACGCAGAAACGCUCUUCAGGUCAGCCCCGGGAGGGGUGCGUCUAAAGAACGGGUCUGAGAAUGUGAGCGGCGUGGCGGACUAUCUGCACUCCGGGCCACAGACCCAGCCACUACAUCCUGCUGACCACAAGGCCCAGCCCCACUGCAAGCCCCUGCCCCCGGGCCUAAGCAAGGACCAGCAUCCCGACUACAAUAGCAACGAUGGCUCUGAACGGAGCUGGAUGGAUGACUAUGAUUAUGUUCACCUGCAGGGGAAAGAAGAGUUUGAAAGACAGCAGAAAGAGCUUUUGGAAAAGGAAAACAUCAUCAAACAGAACAAGAUGCAGCUGGAACAUCACCAGAUUAGCCAGUUCCAGCAACUGGAGCAAGAAAUUACCAGACCAGUGGAGAAUGACAUCUCCAAAUGGAAGCCCUCUCAGAACCUCCCAGCUCCCAACAGCAGUGUGGGCGCCCAGGACCGACAGCUGCUUUUCUUCUACUAUGACCAAUGUGACACUCAUUACAUCUCCCUCCUCAACGCCAUCGAUGCCCUCUUCAGUUGUGUCAGCUCGGCGCAGCCUCCGAGGAUUUUCGUGGCACACAGCAAGUUUGUCAUCCUGAGCGCGCACAAGCUGGUGUUCAUCGGAGACACGCUAACGAGGCAGGUGGCCGCCCAGGAGAUCCGGAACAAGGUGAUGAAUUCCAGUAACCAGCUGUGCGAGCAGCUAAAGAACAUUGUGAUGGCCACGAAGAUGGCCGCCCUGCAUUACCCCAGCACGCAGGCGCUGCAAGAAAUGGUGCACCGAGUAACAGACUUGUCCAGAAACGCGCAGCUCUUCAAGCGUUCCUUGCUAGAGAUGGCGACGUUCUGAGGGAAAGGGGGGUGGGGGGGAAUGUGGCCUGCGGGAGCCACAGAAUCAAACUGGAAAUACUGUCUGGUUGAUGUAGAUAUUAUCUAUUUUUGUAGAUAUUUUAUACGAAAUAUUUUAAAUCUGUUUUACGGAUUAGAGAACUUUCAGAAAUUCAGGGAGCUGGAGAGGUCAAAUUGUUUGGUUCUUAUAUAUACAUUUAUGUAUCAAAGAUAUAUAUAUAUAUAUAAACUGUACAUAAACUCGGUCAUGUUCUCAUGUGCCUGUGGCAGCCUGUGUGUAUAGAUAUGUAUGUAACAUUCCAUUGAAAAAACCAUGAAUUAAGAAGCACCUUAUUAUGCCUCCCCAAAGUGCUAAGUAUCUCUUUUUGUCCCAGUGAUUUCUUCCCUUGGGCCAAAGUCUUUGCACGUGACCUAACGUGGUCCUGAUGAGACUGUGCCCUGUGCUAUAGGGACUAUAAUGUACAUUUUCAUUCUAGUGUCUGGGAACCGGACUCUGGUUCCUUCUAAUUAAGAGGACGAUAAUUCUCUCUUCAUGGAACCCUUUCAAAAAUGCUCCUCUUUCCCUAUCCUUAUCCCAAAAUGCACUGGGUCCUCUGAGCAGGCAGAUUUGGUGAACAACAUUUUUAUAAAAUGUGUGUCCAUCCAAGAGCAAUGAUUUAGGGUGCUAGGGAGGAAAAGUGUUUUAAUCAUAGAAGGAGUAAGAAAAGUGUAGUGAGAAGCCAUUUCUGGCCAGGAGUGGGGGUAUUUCUAUACUGAGAGGAAGCCACCACAAAGACAGGCACCUGUUUGCCCCUGGCUGUUUGAUCCCUUGUAUUUGUGAGUCAAUUGUAAGGCUUUCCAAAGGUAUCAUUUAAAUGGAAAAUUGAGAGCCAGACCUAGAGAUGGGAGUUCAAAACUGGCCUUAGACAUUUCCCAGUGGCGUGACCCUGGGCAAGUCACUUGACCCCCAUGGCCUAUGCCUUAUCACUCUUCUGCCUUGGAACAAUACACAGUAUAGAUUCUAAGACCAAAGAUAAGGGUUUUUAAUAAAAUAAUAAUUUGAAAAAUCUCCUCCUUGCAGAAGGAACCCACACUGCAUGUACACUUCAAGCUGUAAAGAAAGAUGACAAUAAAAUUCUUGUUGUGUGCCUUAUGGCAAGGGAGGAAUAUUUGAUACCCAAACUGCAAAGUCACUCGUUGCCUUUCUGGAGCAAAACGAUUUGGGGACAUUAGAUGGUUUCUGGGCUUGAUGGCGAUGAUAGCAGAAGACCUCCCUAACCUCUCCCAGAGCUCACACACCACCACCAACUCAAUGCUAGAACCAGUUUCAGCCUUGGGCCUCCCUCUCUUCCUUCACUAUUCCUGUGCUGGCUAAUCUCCAUCUGACUCCUCCAAUGAGACAAAACACUGAGUCACAGCUUUUAUACCAUAGACUAUGAAGUUUAAAUACUACUGUUACAUCUUUUGGGGAUAGAACACAUGUCACAAGUCUUUACAGAUUCACAGAGAAGCAAGGUGAAGAAAAUGGGGGCAGGCAAGGAUUUUUAUAAGUUAUAAAAUGCUCAUCUUCUAGGAUAUUUCCGUCCAGUGCCUUGUUCACUCUUUUUGUUCUAGCUACAUCAAAACAUGCUCUUGCGUGGCAAUAAUACACUUUAUUGAAUUAAAUUUGCUUGUGUGAGCAAGCAAAAAUGUUGGGAUAGCAAAUGGAAUUAAGAAAGACCAUUCAUGAUCAGAAGGAGAUGGGUGAAUCAUGGAGCUUAUCACAAAAGUACUUUAAAAAAUAGCAUCUAUUGUAAUGUUCACAGUUGUGCUCCAUCAAAAGAAGAGAUGGGGCAUUGCGUGGCCGUUCUACAGACGAGACAGAGCGGCUGGCAUCAUCAACAACUUGAAAAUAUUACAACACGAGUUUAUUCUUGGGGACUUUGUUGCUAUUGACAUGUAUAUUUUUUAGGAAGUAACAGAUUUAUACUAAGCUACGUGGUAAUGUUCCAACUUUUCAAGAGGAAAACCAAUUUGUUAAAUCCUCAUCUGUGUUUUUUGCUAUCUUUUAUGUAGAGACUUUUAAAUCAUUAAAUUUUUUUCAUCUUUUUUAUACCAA